AACCAUAAAUCAGAAACUUAUAGUAUAUGGCAUCGUAGCAGAGCAAAAUUUUAGACCUUUUGGAGCAACCAGCGGGCGAAACCUCUCAUUUUCUGGACAAGUGAAAGAAAGUCAAGGUAGCUUUUGGUUGGUGAAGAAAUCACCUGUUCAGCAAAAUGAGUAAUAGGGGCCGUGUAAGAUGGGAUGAGGCUAAUUUGGGUGAAAUUGAAGCAAAUAAACCUGUAAGGCAGAAAAUUACUGAGCCUAAGACACCAUAUCACCCAAUGAUUGAUGAUGAUGGAUCCCUGUCUCCUAUACGAGGUAGCUUUGAUGAAACUGUUGGUGAUGCAGUUGAUGCAGAUGCUAUUCGGACUGCUUUGAGUGAUGUGGCAUCAUCAAGUAGAAACAAUGCUAGGCGAUCUGGUGGCUGGACAUCAUCAGAGGAUGAGGCAGAUGCUAUGGAACAAGAUGAUGAAGAUUCUGAAACAGAUAGGAGCGGUAUGAGUUUCAGGGAGCAUAGAAGAGCUCACUAUGAUGAAUUCCGUAAAGUAAAGGAACUCCGAAGGAAGGGUUCCUUGUUGGAGUAUGAAGAUGACGAUGAUGAGUUUGUCAGAAAUGAUUCAUCGUCAUCAUUGAGCGCCGGUGUGAAGGACAUAGACAUCGAGGAAGAUGAUAGUGCUCCCCCUAAAAAAUCUUCCUGAGUUCCAGCCAAUGGAGCUUAAAUACGAGCCUGGCAAAGACAUUUAUUCGAUGAGUUCACCAACAUUUUGGUUUAAGUUUUUAUGGUUGUUGGGACAAUUUUACUCGCAUGACUGCUGUUUUUGUAAAUAGUCUUAUGCCUUGUGUCGGUUUCUCUCGAAUUAUGUUUUGGUCAUAUGUGACUAUUGUUUCAACUGUUUCAUAUAUUCUUCUGAAAAAACAAAUACCAAUUCCCAUUUUCAUGAACAA